CCACGUGACUAGUCAGCUGGUCCGCUGCACAUCCUGACUUCCUCGCGACUGUUUACGAGGCUUCAUCUCUUCCAAACAGCCAAAAUCUGGCUCCUCUGUGAACACAUCACAGUCAGGGACAUGGUCGUGGACGGGCGAGCAUUCGCCUGUUAAUACUUGAACACUUGGAAGAAGGAGUGCUUUUGAAAUUGCAAUGUACUGAAGUGAAACCCCUGAACCAUCAGCUGAUUGCCUGUUUCCGAACAUUCUCACGACGCUAAAGAUUGUAAUGCCGCGGCUGUAAUCAAGCAGAAACACAAGACGUGUCCUCUUCUUCUGAGUCUUGGCUGAGGGGACUUCUGAAACUGUGAUUCCUGUGUGAUUUUGGCGUCACAGAUUGGGCCAUGCAGCACCCCAACUUCGAGACCUGCCACCCGCUCCAGGCGGACGAGCUGCAGGAGACGGGUUUCGACCCGCUCAACAAUAUCAACAAGAACCGCAGCAGAGGCUCUCUUGACAGCGCCACUCAGUCAGAGUCAACCUUCCCCUCGUACAGGAAAGAAUGGGACGACUUAUUCCUCAACAGUAAUUACCUGGCCAGGAUCCGGCAGGCAGGCAUCAGCGGUAGAUUGAGGAGCAGCCGUUUUCGAAGCGUAUGCUGGAAGUUGUAUCUGGAGGCUCUUCCAGAAGAUAAGAGUCAGUGGAUCAACAAGACCAAGGAGCUUCGGGGCCAUUAUGAGAAGAUUAAAGAAACACACAUCACCAACCCUCGCAAGGCUGCUGGCCAGCAGGAUUUAGUGGUCAAUAAUCCGUUGUCCCAAGAUGAGGGGAGCCCGUGGAACAAGUUCUUCCAGGAUAAAGAGCUGAAGGGGAUGAUAAAACAAGACGUAUUGAGAACGUUUCCCGAGAUACGAUACUUCCAAGAUGAAGAUGUGCGGACCAAGCUGACUGACAUUCUCUUCUGCUAUGCCAGAGAAAAUGAACAAUUACUUUAUAAGCAGGGGAUGCAUGAACUGCUGGCUCCCAUCGUGUUCGUGCUUCACUGCGACCAUCAAGCCUUCCAACACGCCAGUGAGACGGCAAGCGCCAGUGAGGAGAUGAAAUGCUUGUUGGAUCCAUUGUACCUCGAGCAUGAUGCCUAUGCUCUUUUCUCUCUACUGAUGGAAACGGCAGAGCCGUGGUUCUCCUGCUAUGAGAGAGAAGUGAGGCGGGGUAAAGAAGAAAUGCUUACCAGCAUCCCUUUUGCCCGGCCUCAGGACUCUGGGCCAUCUGUUGCCAUAGUUACCAAAGUCAACCGCAUCCAGGAUCAGCUGGUGAAGAAGCACGACGUGGAGCUGCACAUGCAUCUCAACCGGCUGGAAAUCGCCCCACAAAUUUACGGAAUCCGCUGGGUGCGUUUGCUGUUCGGUCGUGAAUUUCCACUUCAGGACCUGCUGGUGGUUUGGGACGCUCUGUUUGCCGACAGCAUCACCCUGGACCUCGUCGACUACGUCUUUGUUGCCAUGCUGCUCUACAUCCGAGAUGCUAUGAUUGCGAGCAACUUCCAGACUUGCCUCGGCCUCCUCAUGCAUUACCCUCCGAUCGGAGACAUCAACUCCCUGCUCCAGAAAGCUCUCUUCCUCCGAGAUCCAAGAAACCAUCCCCGACCUGUCAACUACCAGUUCCAGCAGAACCUGGAUUACUACAAAACGAGGGGCGCCGACUUGAUGAAUACAACACGUUCCAGCACCAAAGCAGCCCCCCUGAACAUCAACAAAGUGUCCAGCAGUCUGCUCAACUUCGGCAGGAAGCUCAUCGCGCCGGCCAUCUCGACAGGCAGCGGCACCGCGUCGCCCAUCAACAGCGACGUGCGGCCCACCUCCACCUCGCCACCCGCUUUGCCGCACCCUCUCGCCGAGCCUCCCGCGACGCCUCAGAGCCAAGGCCACGCCCAAUCGCAGCACUACCGCCUGUUGAAGUCCGAGAGCAUGCCCGUCUAUCUCGGGAAAGAUGCGGUUUCAGGUGGAGCUUCUCAGGUCCCAACGCAGACCGACAGCCAAGGCCAAGGCUCCUCUCCCAGCAUUGAAAACCUCGCCGCAAGGCCGCGUCAGUCGUCAUCCUCGCCGCCCUUGGCGCUCUCCAGAGGCGGAAGCGACUUGAGCGCCUCAUCGCCGCCCCUCCUGGCCGCCAAGAAAGACUUGUUUUUCCACAUCACUCGUUCGCGUUCCCACAGCAGGAGCAUGUCCAAGAAGGAGACGGAGGAGGAUUUGGAGGCCCAGGUUUCGUUCUUGCAGGGACAGAUAAACGACUUGGAGGCCAUGAGCAAAUAUUGUGCUAAGAAGAUGAACAGCCACAUCUGUAAUAUUCAGGAAGUGAUUUUGCAAGAACAUUUGCAAAAAGAAGACGAGGUUCUUGUUUCACUGGCGGGGCUCAAACAGAUUAAAGACAUCCUCAAAGGGGCGCUGCGCUUCAACCAGAGCCAGUUGGAAGCCGGGGAGAACGUGGAGAUCAACAUUGCAGACAACCACUACACCUCAGCGGGGGAAACCGUUUUCGGCGAUCUCGGCGCGCACCGCGGCAAUCGACAACUGCAAGUUGGCGGGCCAAGGCGAGGCCCCAACGGAGACGGCGGGAGCAAGAUGGCGGACGACGAGGAGCAGCAGCAGGAGGAGGAGGAGCAAAUGAUGACGCCUCACGAGGUGCAGUCCUCCAUGGGCUCGGAAGCUAAGAACUGGGAAGACUACAUCCUCAUCUCCCAGGAAGGCGAGGGCGCCGACGGAGGCAGGGCCGCAUCGGAGCUCACCCCUCCCAUCAGGCGAGGCCGCGGCUUGGUGCGCAUGGAGCCCGAAGGAGCCGCCGGGAAUUUUAAUGACCCCCUGACAGGAGUCGGCGCCUCGGGCUCCUCCAGCCCGGACGAAGGCUCCACCACCAGCAAGGACUCGGACUUCACCAUCGUCAACCCAAGUGAUUUUUGAACAAGUAAACCACUCCCGCCUCUACUUCCUCUUUUACUGUAUCUCCUUUGUGAGGUUGCCAUAAUGGACUUGGAGAGAGGGAGGGGGCUUUUUGAGAAGCUGCUAGCCUUUUUAAAGUACUUGUAGACUGCGACAUGGAGCGGCAGCCUUUGCCCAUAUUAUCUCUUCAGAACUGUCUAAACCCAUGCAGAAUACAGUGGUACCUUGACUAACUUUGGAGUAAUUUUAUUUUUUAAUAAGAAAAAAUUGCCAUGUGCAAUAUUGAAUAAAAACAAUAAUUUUAUAACACAAUAGAUUUCAAAGAAAUUCUGUAUGCCCUUGAUUAUACACAUUUUUCACUUUCACUGACUAAAAAGUCCUUCACCUUUUUUUUUUUUUUUUUUUUUUUUUUUUUUUUUUUUACACUUUCCUCACCUUCAGCUUUCUUUUUUAGCACGCUAUAGCAUUUUUUGACUAUCACUUGUGUUUUUGGGACCCAUAGUUAGAGAAAAAAGAGUCAAUACCAUGCUGGCAAAAAUAAUGCAAACAGUACUGUAGCUACUAGCUUUUUUUUUUCUUUUUUUUUUAAAUAAACUAACACAUUACAACUUAAAAUCAACAUGUAAAUUGUGCGUCUUGCAAGUCAAGGUACCACUGAAGUCUCCCGCCUGUCCAUGCCAAAUAAUGACUAUGUAGUUUCACAGAGGACUCUGUCUGUCCGUCCUCUUGAGUGAUGAGCCUGAUUCGUAAUGUCUUCUGUUCGUUACCAUCAACCCACGUUAUGUCUUUGUGUCCCUUCAGAGGACAUUUACGCCUCUUUUAAGAAUGAGGGAUGACGGCCUCCUUGUCAAGGACAUUGUUCGCCUCUAUCCCCCUCUCAAAGAAACAGUGCCUCUUAACAGAACAAAAUUCCACUGUGAUUUUAAUCUUUUUUUUUUUCCAUGCUUAAAAAUCAGUUUCUACUGAUUUAUUGAAAUGAUGGGAUGUCUUAUUGAUUUUAAUGUGAAGCUUUUACUGAUGUAAACUAUUUGUGGUGGAAACCAAAGCAGUUCACACAACCACCUCCCUCCCUUCCUCCCCCAACUGCCCACUCAGCAUUACUCACUACAAAUAAAAAGUCCUCCUUCUUCUUGA